CGUAAUGUUAGAAUUUUGAAGGAACCGAUUUGCUGGCUGGUUUUCUGCUGGAUUUCCUGAACCUACUCCUCCCUGAGACGUUUUCCUCCUAGUAUUGCAUUAAUGGUAAUGCAUGCAAGGAAACUACCACGUAUUAGCGAUGGGUUCAUCGAGAAGCACCAGGCCCACAGCUACGAGAAUUCUAAAUACAGCAGUAAGUACCGGUACAGUAACCAUGAGAAGAGUAGGGAUUCACCCUCAACAAAUUCUCUGCGAUCCUCAUCGCCAGACUCCAGGUCACAAUCUCCACGCUACCACAAAGCAAGCUACUACAAGGUCCGUGAGAAGGAGAGGGAGAGAGACCGUGAAAACCGAGAUCGUGAAAGGGACCGCGAUAGAGACCGGGAUCGUGACAGAGAUCGGGAACGAGACCGUGAGCGCGAGAGGGACAGAGACCGGGAUUAUCACUACAGGGACAGAGAUGACAGUAGGUCACCUAAAGACCGCCGAAGAGAAGUCAGGGACCGGGACCGGGACCGAGACCGUGACAGAGACAGCCGAGGAAAUCAUGACCGCAUUAAUUCAGUUCACAAGAAAGAAGAGAAAGAACGUUUGGCGAGAGUGGGUGACUGGUCGGAGCAUGUGAGUUCUUCAGGGAAGAAGUAUUACUAUAAUUGCCGUACAGAGGUUUCUCAGUGGGAAAAGCCUCCAGAGUGGCUAGAAUGGGAACGAACACGUGCCAAGGAAACCUCCAACCGGUCACAUGACAAAGGUUCAACUAGGCAAGAUAAACAUUCCAAUAUGGGAGAGAGUUAUCGGGAAGGACGGGACAUCAGGGACGGUGAGCGGGAGAGAAAUGAUCGAGAUAGGAGAGAAAUGUAUCGAAAUGAUGACAUGUACGAUAGAAGAGAUUCUAGAAAAUAUGGCCAAGAGGUUGGUGCAGCAGAUAUGGAGAUUUCUUCUGGUGAUAGUACUCCAACUUCAGAACAUCAUCACACCAGGAGCAGCGGAGAGAAUAGCCAUGAUGUUGGUGGGGCAAAUGUGUCGUUAGCGCCUUCAGGUCUGGCAUCGUCAUCAGGCACGACAGUUACGUCCACCCAUGCGGGCACAACAACCACACACUUGCAAAGUAGUUUAAGACCUAAGCUUGGGACAAGUUUAGGGCACAUGCCCACCUCCUUACCUUCGUCCCUUCCCCCGUUAUGUAGUAGUGCGUUGUCAUCCACCUCAGCUACCAAUACCACAACCACCACCUCAUUAGCAAGCUGCAUCCCCGCCUUGGGUGGUUCCACAUCCAUGGCAGUGCCGCAACUCUUAAGUCUCCAUCCCCGCCUCGUGACGCUCUCAAAUUCAUUGAGCAAGAGUGGAAUAGACUUGGAUACAGCAAAGACUGUCAACUCUAACAACUCUCAUUCUCAUGAUGGGGAAGGACUAGUAGUGAAAUCACAAUUAGAACCACUAACAAUAUCUGCAAGUAGUAAUAAUAUAGGUGGAGGUCCCCCAACACCAACACAUUCGGAGAACCAAGACGGCAUCGAUAUUAGAAAAGUGAACUGGCUGAAACUCCAUCAACGUUACAUAGACAUGGGUAGCCCAAACAGCAGUAUUAACUCCUUGCAGUCGUUGACACAGACAGCAGGAGGAUCACUAGCAGGGCUACGGCCGUUGGUACCUGCCCUCACCCCUAGCCUCGCUAAUUAUUAUAAUGAAAACCUCAUUACACACGUACAAAAUUGGCCAGCUGAGGCCCUAGAAAAGCCGGCACAGAGACUGUCUGAAGAAGCUCAUUCUGUUGGGAGUUUAGUGAUGACACGGGUAUCUGCCGAGCUCAAGAUGGCACGUUCCCUUGUACGUCUGGCAGAGAUACAGGCCACACUCCAUGAACAAAGGAUACUUUUUCUACGAGCUCAGAAAAGAGAACUGGAAGAAAUGAAGGCACAGAAUUCCUUCAUGAGUGACACAUAGUGUUGGCCUGCCUGUGAUAGCUGCCUGGGACAGUUGUCUGGACAUAGACAUGCCUGGGAAUAUUUAUAAAGUGUUAUAUUUUCUUAAUCAUGUUCUGGAUGUGUGAACAUUGGUCAAGUCCAAAGUGUUGGGUGUGGCAGUGUGGCCAGACCCCAUUUCUGGGUCUUACUGGCUGUGGCCAACUUCCACCACUGCCAUGACCACGACAAGAGGUGCAGUAUGUGCACUGCCACAUGCCUCGGUGACUGCUGGGUCCACACAGGAUUCACCUGCUACCUGCCGUCCUGUGUCUGGACCGGCCUAUCCUUGGCUACCCUCCACCGAUGUCCCCAAUGUCAUCUAUGUUUCUCUGUGAUGAAUGACACAACUAGACACCUCCAAAAGGCUGAGCCUUUACUGAACAGCUCUGCCAUGUCACAAUGUAAUACCUGCUAUGCCAGAGGCUGGCGCUGUAUCACACUCCCUGGGGUCUUGAGGUUCACCCCUUUGAGCAACAUCUGUCUCCUGUUCCCUUCGUCACACUGUGUUCCUUCUCUGCUGGCUGACUCGUCAAGCCCACAUGGAUACCUGGAAGUCUUGGCAGAGCUCUCCAGCCCAUUAGGUUUGAAAAAAAAAUUGUUGUAUUUAUUGCUUUACACAUUUCACAACGGUACACUUGUGAACCACUAUUCUUACCAGCUUGUUACUACUGGAAGGAAGCCGUCAAUUAAUACUGCAAUCUUUAUUUCCCUGUUAUGGAAAUAAGUUGAGUUUUCAUUGAUGAUUCUAGUUCUGUAGUUGUGGUACACAUUUCAUUGCCUAUUUGCUAUCAGUAGAUCCUGGAGAGCAUAGUUGAAUUUCUUUACUGCUUUCCAUAAUCAGUUAUCCAAGUGUAAGUCCUGUGAAUGUGUGUUUUGUGUUCUUGGUGACUGUCAUUAGGUCCCCAGGGUUGGAUUUGAGGCAGUGUCUCAGGCAUUUCGAUGCUAAAAAUUAAUGUUAUUUAAUUUAUUGUUUUGCUGGCCAAUCUGCAUCUCAGUCAUUAUAGUUCCAACUGGGCUGUGAAAAGUUUGUCAUGUUCUUAACCAAUUGUUGAUAUUUCUGCUUCAGGAAUGAUGUGUUAAAAUUCAGAAUUUGAGAUGAAACAGGUUAAUGAGCAUUUAGUUGAGAGGUCUUGGUCAUGUUAUGGAUUUGGAGGUCACCUUACAAUGACAGAAAACAACAGCUCUUUCUCCUUUAUUUUAUUAUUUUAUUGUACCCCUUCACAUACUUCCUGCGAUCAGGUCUUUAAGUUCUUUGUUUUAAUUUUGGCAUACCUUUUAAAGACAAUUGACUAUCAUUAGAUAGGAUAUCCUGAUAGUCAGUCUCAUCAUGCAGUUUAUGAUUACAUGAUUAUAGUGGAAUCAAUAACUUAUUAAUUUGAUGUAACAGUUAUGUAUUCAUCUUGUAAUUAUCAAAAUGUAUUUCUCUUGAGCUUGUGAGAAAUAUGAUUGGCGUUGGACGCAAUGGUCGGUCUCUUGGGAGGCUUCAGCCACCUCAGUUGUUCCUCAAAAAGUAUAAACCUCAAAAACUAAGGGCCAAAGUUUUUUUUAAACAUGGGAGUAAUUGUAUUGUCCACAUUUUGUAUUUGAAGUACACAAGUUUCAAAGUUUUGUGGCUGCCUUUGAAGGUUUUUAGAUGUGACUUGUAGUGUGCUUGAUUCAGUUGAUGAGAGGUUGGAGGUAUUGAUGAAAGACCUUAAUGUGAUCAUAGGCCAAGUGUAUACAAAAAAAUAAGCAAAACGGGAAAAGGGACUUUCAGUUGGUUAGCAAAAUUUCCGGUUGAACAAAAAACUCCCAGUCACCAUCGGUAGGUUACCGAGUUUGUAAUGGUGCUAAAUUAUGAUGGUUUUUGGGUGUGUUCAGUGAACGCUGUGAUGUAGUGAGCAAUUUCAGGGUAAAAGUUUGUAGUCUCGUAUCUAUGUUUUCUUGUGUUUUGGUAAAAAAAAAAAAGAUCUAGUCUGAAAAAUAUAUUAAGAGUUUGAAUCUUUGUUUUGCCAUUAUAUACAACAGCCUUGCAGGCACAAGAUGCUGUAAAAUACAUUGAUGCAUAAUGGGUAAAUUAUAAAUGUAAAAGAAGUGGCACAGUUAAAUUGUGUAAAAAGUGCGCGACCUGUGAACUUGAUCUUGCUAGAAAUGUUCACACCACUUGGUGCCAAAGAAAGCUCUGUUGUUAAUUCAUCUUGUGUGCAUUCAUGUACUUGUGUGUCCUGUAAGUGCAUUGCUGUGUACAGUAGUGGGCAAAUUUUUGAUCUGUGCCUGGCCAAAUCAGGAAAUACUGUAGUUAUUUAAUUGUUUGCUCAAUAAUAGCAAAUUUUCAAGAAUGAAAUUAUUGGCAGGUUUUUUCUUAAAGUGAGCAGUUUUCUUUUGUUUUUAUGUACAUGUGUUAUAACUGCCAAGCUCAGCUCAAAAAUAUUUAAUUUGCAUUGUCUCAAAAUUUAUUUGAACGAGUAUUUGUUAGUGACCAGAAAAAAAAACAGCAGCUAUCACAAUAUGGAUAAUAUAACACUAAUAUUAUUGCAUUCCAUUUUCUAUAUGAAUCUUUCGAACAUCGCGAUUAUAUUUACUACAUUAAACUUCGGUGUUGCUUCCUUAAUGUUUCUACUUUCUCAGACUUGCCAAGUAUGCCUUUCAUUUGUUAUGCCCUGUGUAUCAUUUCUUGUCAUCCUAUAUGUUUUCUUACAAAAUAGUAAAAUGAAGAGGAAUUGGGAUAUGUUUAUUUUUAACCCACACUGUUCAGUAUUGAUCUCUUGUUGGCAUACAAGUUCCUGUGAUUCUCUAUUAUGCUCACGCAGUUGAUUCUUUUGUUCUCAGCAGGUAAAUUUAGACAUGUUUUUUCUUGAUGUUCCUUGUUGAAACCUCCUUUAUACCUCAUGUGUCAAUUCAUGCCCAGUUCUAUUGGGUCCUCUGCUGAGUUAUAACCAAUUUUUGCUUGGUUCUGUAAUUCCAGAUCUUUACUUGUAAUAUUUUUGUCCCCUUCCCAUUUGCUGCAGUCCGGUGUAAUGGCAUGCCUAACAGGUUUGGACUUCAGCAUAGUUUCCUUUUUCAAUUUACACUGGAAGAUGAAAUAAGUUGAAGAUUUUAAAACCUGUUGGCUAUUCCUAGGUCUCCUGCACCAAACUUGGGCAGGCUGGGACACACACACACACACGGCUUAUGGCCGAGUUAACAAGAGGCUACGGAUUAUUUAUAUAAAGUAAAACUGGAGUGGUCACCCUAGUUGGCCAUUAUUCUCAUGCUUGUACAUAAUAUAUGCUAACAUAGAUGUACUCAGCAUACAUAGGUUUUGUACAAAAGAAAGGGGGCUAACAUUGUGAUAAAUUGUAGGGAUAUUUCUGUUCUUUAUACCCGUGGCCCUGUUGAACUGUGUGACCCAUUGUUGCCUAUUGUGUUCACCACCACAUCACUCUAGAAAACUUGUUAUAUUUUAUCUGAUAAUUUUUGUAUAUCAAAACUUAGUUCAUUUGUACACACUCAAAAACUUAAUUCACAUCUUUGAUAGCAAUAUUAAAAUGUUAUGGGAUAAGUUCCAACUUGAAAAGUGAAAUAUUUAAAGGCUCAUGUUUGAAACACGAGAGAACCAUUAUAGGACAUAUUUAUUUAAAUAAUUUGAUGUGCUGAAUGGCCUCCAGCUUGGCUGUGAUGACAGUGGUGUCUGUUCGUUGCCCAGCUGGUGACCAAGCUGACUUAGUGGACCUAGAGAAUCGGAUGUUUACAGGACACAGAUUCACCAUUUGUGUUGGUCUCCCCUUUUACAACACUUGCUUUAGGCCAAUUAGCCUAAUUUUGUAAAUAUCAUUCCUUCUCAGAAAGGUUAAAUAAAGCUGAGCUCCAGA